AAACCAUAUCCACCAUGAGCACUCCAAUUGUAUACCAACUAGGCCACAAGCCUAUCAAGGAUCACGUUUUCUCUUCUGACAGAUCGCUAUUGGCAAUCACCAAGGAUAACACCGUCGAGAUAUAUCGGAUCGGCACUGCUAAACCCCAGUUGGUCACCACUUUAAAGGGCCACGAUAAAACCGUCACCUCGGUGGAUAUCUCCCCGGACAACUCCAAAAUCUUGACAUGUUCGCAAGAUAGAAACGCUUUGGUGUGGGAAUACUCCCAGGCCGAGGGGGAGUACAAGCCCACGUUGGUGUUGUUGAGAAUCAACAAGGCGGCUACUUGUUGUAGAUGGUCCCCCAACGGAGACAAGUUUGCAGUGGGAAGUAACGAUAGGAUCGUGGCCAUCUGCUACUACGAAGAGGAAAAUGACUGGUGGGUGUCGAAGCACUUGCGGUUGCGGUCGACCGUGACCAGCUUGGACUGGCAUCCCAAUAACGUGUUGUUGGCGGUGGGUUCUACAGAUGGACACGCAAGGGUCUUCUCGACGUUCAUCAAGGGAUUGGACGCUAAGCCCGCCCCCUCGGUGUGGGGGUCUCGUUUGCCGUUUCAGACGUUGUGUGGCGACUUCACCAAUGAGACCGGUGCGUGGGUGCACGCAGUGCUGUUCAAUCCCAACGGGGAUUCGUUGGCGUAUGUGAGCCACGACUCGUCGUUGGUGUUGGUGUACCCUGAAGGUGAAGGGUUACCACCCAAGAACAUUGUGAGCUUAAAGACCAACUACUUGCCCUUCAAAUCGGUGUUGUUUUUGGGUGAGAAUCUGCUUGUGGCUUCGGGGCACAAUUGCAAUUUGAUUGUGUUUCAAGGAGACGAGUCCGGCUGGAAGCAGACAAAGGAGCUCGAACAGCAGAAGGAUUUGAUUCACGACUUGCCUCCUAAGACUGAUGAAGAUGAGGAAAUCAGCAGUCAUGAUGCAUUGAAUAUGUUUAGACAGUUGGACUUGAAGGGUAAGGUCAAUAAGGCCAGUGACAAGUCUGGGAAGGCUUUGAGCACCAUUCACCAGAAUACAGUGACGGCAAUCAAGUACUUCACCAAAGGAAAGGUGAGCACCUCUGGAAUUGAUGGGAAGGUGGUGAUUUUCAAUGUUUAGAAGUAUGGGUUUUGCCAAGAAUGUAAUUGGAGUAUCUGUAGAUAUGCUGCUAUGGUACAAAUACACUGAUACUUGACAUUAUAUACAAAUAAAUUAUGUUACGUGGU